CAAAUCCUUAUUAAUAACAAAGAAGAAAAGAUUAAUUUUACAGUGGAGCAGCUUGGUAGACACCACCUUAAUCAAGUGAUCAAAGUGAACAUAACAGGUAAUGGGACAAAUUGAAAUCGUGCACAACCUGACAGGUGCAAUGUGACGACCAUGGCAUCAUUUCCGUGAUAAUCCUGCCAGAGAUGCAUAUCAGGAGAAAAUAGAUAAAUCUGCAUUGAGGAACUGCUGCAAAAUAACCAGCUGUAAUCGUUAAUAGUGUCAAGGUCAUGAAAGUCAAGGAAAGACUGAGGAAGUGUCCCAGAAUGAGAGAGACUAAAAAAACAUGAGUAAAGCAACAAUGAUUCUGAACUAUAGAUCCUUUUCCUGUAAAGGACAUUAUUAGGACAUUUGGCAAAACAUGAACGGGAUCUAUGGAUUAGAUAACAGUAAUGCAUCAGUAUCAAUGUCCUGAUUUUGGUGAUUGCAUUGUGGUUACGUAGGACAACAUCCUUGUUUGUAAGAAACAGUAUUUAGGUGAUGGAGCAUCAGGUCUGUAAUACAGUUUCAAAUGGUUCAGGGAAAAAGUUCUUUGUACUAUACUUGUAACUUGCCCAUAAAUUUGUUUCAAAAUAAAUGAAACCGAUUUUUAAAAAAUAAACUAAGUUGCACCAAUUAUUCCUAGUGCUCCUAUAGAUUCCCCUCUCCUCAAAACCCAAAGUAUGUGGGCAAGAACAACGGCCAAUCGUUCUAAACCACCAGGGACAAAUCUGUAAUCCAACAAAGGCAGAUUUAUUGACUGGUUGCAACCAAGGAGACUGCACACCAGAGGAACGAUAGGGUUGUCUCACCAUACAAAAGACAAGAUAGUCGUUGUAGGAUUUGUGGAGAAGGUGGAGGUUAUGUGAAAUUUAAAUGAAAGUUUUCAUAGGCUCAAAGCAGAGCUGUGUGUUAAGGCAUCGACAUCAGACAUGGACUGAGAAGUGGAUGCAGGGUCAUGUUUCCUUGGAAACUACAAAGUUAAGAAAAUAUGCAAUGUUCUUUUCAGGAACCCCUUAUCUAAAGCUCUGCACCUGGAUAGAAAUCGAGGCUGCUUCUCUGCAUCAAAGUGUCUUAGAUCCUGCAGGCAAGAGCGGGAUGUUUCAUUCUUACCGAUGUAAUUUCAAAUAGCAACGUUUACAUGGACCUUAAAAACAAGGUUUCUCAGCGUCUAAGAAUGUAGUACUCAUCCAAAGAUGGGAGUUACUAUGAUACUUUUCCCUUGCAGUCAGUCCUUAAAAGAAACACUGUUUCCCGUUAACGUUACAAGUGGUUUUAUAUGACUCUAUUAAUCAUCCUGAUGAACGACUGGGCAAAUUUUUACUUUCUCAACAGUUACAAAUGAAAAAGUACGACUCGGUCUCUCAAACCACAGUUACUUCUCAUCUCAGGGAGGCGGAGGUUUGCUUGACCCGCUUUCCUCUCAUUUCGGACCUCAAGCUUCCAUUGAAGUCCGGUCCGGCACCCGACUCAAACCCUUCCAAGUCCCCUUUCAAACAUUCCGCCUCGCCAGGCCACACUCGGAGCGCGGGGCGGUCCGGCUUCUCUCAAACCCUAUUAGGUAAAAUCCACGCCUCUCGCUGCACUGGGGCGGGACAAGAGGGAGGACAUUUCCCGGACGCGAGAAGAUGACGUCACAGUAGCGGGCCCGACCCUUCGGUUGCUUUGGGCUCUCCGCUCGCGAGGGUGCCGACUGAAGACCGCUCGUCGGCGACGCCGGCGCAAUGACCAUUUGUCAGUUCUUCCUUCAAGGCCGGUGCCGCUUUGGAAACCGGUGCUGGAACGAACAUCCCGGCUCCGGGGGUGCGGUCGGAGGACGGCAGCCACAGCCCUCAGGUAGUAACAGACGUGGAUGGAAUACCACCAGCCAGAGAUAUUCCAAUGUUAUCCAGCCAUCCAGUUUCUCCAAAUCCACACCAUGGGGGGGCAGCAGAGAUCAAGAAAAGCCAUCUUUCGGUUCUUUUGAUUCUGGAGCUUCAACUAGUAGGAACAGGGGGUUUGCAUUGUCUCAGAAUCCAUUUGCUUCACCUAGCUCUGAUGAAGACAAAGAUGAAAAGAAACUUCUGGAAGGAAUUGUAAAAGAUAUGGAAGUUUGGGAAUCAUCAGGGCAGUGGAUGUUUUCUGUUUAUUCACCAGUGAAAAAGAAAUCUAAUAUUUCAGGUUUUACAGACAUUUCACCAGAGGAGUUGAGGCUUGAAUACCAUAACUUCUUAACCAGCAAUAACUUACAGAGUUAUCUAAAUUCCGUCCAACAGUUAAUAAAUCAGUGGAGGAACAGGGUAAAUGAAUUGAAAAGUCUAAAUACAUCAACUAAAAUAGCUUUGCUCUCCGAGGUAAAGGAUGGCGUAAAUCAAGCAGCACCUACAUUUGGAUUUGGCAGUAGGCAAACAGUAACAUUUGGGUCACCAGGUUUUCCAGUGAAUAACAGCAGCAGUGGUAGUGCUCAGAAUUUUAGUUUUAAACCAAGCUCUGGAUUUGCCGCUGCCACUUCUGGAAGCGCUUCUGUGUCCCAGAAUACUCCAGCAUUUGGAGCUGCACCCUCUGCCAGUUCUGCCAUCACUACUUCUACUCCAGCUUUUGGAUUUAGAAAACCUGAAAUCACAUCUGCUGCUUCAUUUUCAUUUAAAAGCCCUGCAGCUUCUGGUUUUGGAUUGCCCGGAUUUUCAGGAUUUCCAGCUUCCAUGGCAGCAGGCCCCGUGGGAGUUCCCGUGGCCCCAGCCUUUGGAAGCAGCAGUUCUGUGGCUGGUUUUGGUGGCGCAGGCUCCCGUUCUCACACUGCUUUUUCCAAGUCAUCCGGUGAUGCCUUUGGAAUUAGCAGCAUGUCUGCCUCUCUCCCUGUCUCAAGUGGCAGCACCACCACAGAUAAUGUGUUAUUCACACCCAAGGAUCAACUGACAGCAGAAGAACUGGAGCAAUUUCAAUCCAAGAAAUUUACUCUGGGAAAAAUUCCAUUAAAGCCACCACCUGUGGAACUUCUAAAUAUUUAAAAGGGCAAUUUCAAAAACAGAAAAGAACAGCUUUUAAAAUUGUUUUGAGUUGUUCAUAUAAAAGAGCAGACACAUAUAGAUGUAUAUCUAUGUAUAUAUACACAUAUAUAUUUAUAAUGAAUAUAAGCUUUCAGUAACAACUUCAGGGGUUUUGAAAUUUAACGUUUUUUCCUCAAACCUAACUAUUUAAGUAAAACAACUAAAAAUACUCAGCAAGAGAUUUUUUUUUGCUAUAAUUAUGAAUGGAAGUGAAAAAACUGAGUGUGCACUGAGUGAAGUACUUUCCUCACUCUACAUCAUUUUGCUGUCUUACCCUUUAAGUUUUUACCUUUAAACAUUUUUGGGGGGGAGGGGGAAUAAUUUCUAGAACCAUUAAGGGAAAAAAUGCUUAAAUAUUUAGUCUACUUAAUAAUUAUCAGCGGCAUGACAUUCAUGUUAGAGAAUAUAAUCUCAAAGGAAGAAAUAACAGUUUUUAAAGGGUAAACGCUCUCAUUUUUAGGACCUAGGAGGCAUUUUCCCCUCAUAAUUUUGUUUCCCCCUCAAUUUUCACUAUCUCAUGGACCACCAUUUGAGUUUUCUUCAAAAAUUUUAAGCUACUUUUUGUCUUGGCCUAGUUUUUAUAUAAUGCUAUUUAUUCCUCACAUUAUCUCAUCAAGUGGAUGGAUUGUAAAAGGAACAGAAAUUGUGAUCUCAUGUGAAUAAAUAGUGUUUGAAGAGGGGUCAGGAUUUACCAGCUCUGUUUCUAUAGCUUCUAUUAGAAUUCUCAGACAUAUUUAGAUUUCCCUGUGUUCUCAGAGUGAGAAAGUAAUAUCUUGUACAUCUUGUAGAUGGUUGAUCCAAGAAACCAAAACCUGUCAUGAGUUGAGGCAUAUGUGUCAAGAGUUCUGUGCUCCUUUCUCAAGCCUCAAAAAUUACACAGCCUGCACUAUGAGAACAGUUGCCUAACAGAUCUGAUAUUGAGCUGACUUUUUAAAGUGAAAAUAAAACCUUACCUAAUAAAAGAUACACACUUCCAAUGAUUUUAGUACAUAUGCAAAGGAUUCAGUCCUCAGAAGUUCUGGAUUCUCUAUUACACUUUUUGAACAACUGUACGACUCCAACUACCCCAGCAUUUUGGAUAGAAUCUAUACCCAAGGGAUAUAUGUUUGCAACCAUCCUAAGUUCCUGCUUUGGUCUCAAGCUCUAAAGACUUUCUGAUGUUUGUUCCAACUUUCAGUUGACUCCUAGAAUUUUGCUACUCCAACGGAAUGAGCCCUGUGCUACCUAUAGGUUGGUUAUAUACCAGCCUCCCUUGGGUCCUAAGUGUCCUGGAAGCUCUGAGGAUGCAGGUUAAUGGCCCAGACCUUCUAAACUUGCCUGAUUAUAAAAAGCAUUUUGCUAA